AUGCCGACCGAAGGAGAACCAGGUAAGACAGGACUCUACGACCUCCACCUCCGCUACGGUGCCAAGAUGGUCCCCUUCGGCGGAUACAGCAUGCCAGUCCAGUAUUCCGACCUCGGCGUGGGUGAAAGCCACACCUGGACACGAGAAAAGUGCUCGAUCUUUGACGUGGGCCAUAUGGUGCAAUACCAUGUCGAAGGCCCCGGUGCUGAAGCCUUUCUGGAGUCUAUUACACCUGCUGGAAUAAAAGAUAUGCGACCUGGCCAGAACUCGUUAUCUGCUUUACUCCACCCUGUCACGGGUGGGAUCGUGGAUGAUUGCAUUAUCACCAGGCUGGAGGAGGGACCAAAGCAUCUGUUCUAUCUGGUCACGAAUGCGGGAUGUCGAGAAAAGGACUACAAGUUCUUGUCUGAAGCUAUUGAGAAGUGGGAUAACACGAUGAACCCUGUCGUGCAUCUGCGUCACUUGCAAUAUGAUGGCGAGUCUUAUGGUUUAAUCGCACUGCAAGGUCCAAUGGCGGUAGAAAUCUUGAAGUCUGCACUCUCGGAAAAUUGCAAGGUGAACGUGGAAAAUUGGUACUUCGGCAUGGCUAAACACAUCACGCUCAACAUCUCGACGGGCGAGAGUCUCCCGAUCGUGGCGAGUAGAGGCGGGUACACCGGCGAGGAUGGCUUUGAAAUGUCAAUACAUCCAUCCCAAGUCGUUGAGGUGACCGAGACAUUGCUGAACAGGGCUGGGAAGGAUAAGCUGCGGCUUGCAGGUCUUGGCGCGAGAGACAGUCUACGAUUAGAGGCUGGUAUGUGCUUAUAUGGACAUGAUUUGGAUGACACGACUACGCCGGUAGAAGCUGCGUUGGGCUGGAUCAUACCAAAGUCACGUCGCACGCAAGAAGGAUCAGGCUUCAAUGGUGCGGAGACUGUUAUACCGCAACUCACACCGGCAUCAAAGGGAGGUGUAGGUGUUGAGCGUAGACGUGUCGGUCUGGUCGUCGAGGGUGCGCCAGCUCGAGAAGGUGCGGAAGUGAUCGACGAAGCAGGUCAGGUGAUUGGGAAGGUGACAUCAGGUUGUCCGAGCCCAACGAUGAAGAAGAACAUCGCUAUGGCGUACGUGAAGAAUGGUAUGCAUAAGGCUGGAACUGAAUUACAGGUUAUGGUGCGACGGAGGAAGAGGAAGGCGGUGGUCACGAAGAUGCCAUUCAUUCCAAGCAAGUACUGGAAGGGAGGCGCGACUCCUGGGUAA